AUGGUGGGGACAAAUAGAAACCAAGUCAAAUAACACAGAUAAACUUCUCUAAUCUCUCCCGCCACCCACCUCCUCUAAUCUCGCCUCUCAUCUCUCAUUCUCUCUCCUAUCCUAUCUCAUGUUUUGUCCUAAUAUAAAGACAUUAAACUCAAUUCUUAAUCCAAAGUCACAAGUCAUCUCUCUCUCUUUAUCUAUCUCUUUGGUUUUGUUUUCAUAUCUCUUAUUGUGAGCAUAAACCAAAACCCAGUAUGGCUAUUGUUGCCGCCGUUGAUGAUUCUUUCAAGAGACCAGGAACUGUACCUUUCAGCUGGGAGGUCCGACCCGGUGUACCAAAAACCCGAGUUUCUCAACUCGGAACCGGAACCGGAAACGCUCCUCUUCUUCAGCCACCCAAGAAACUCUCUCCUCUCCGUCUAAAACCUUUGUCUCACUCUCAGCCGCUUCUCCCGCCGGCGCUAUCUCCGCCAUCGUCUUCUUUCAUCUCCAGCUCCAAGAGCCGCUCUCUAUCUCCUCUCGCCCCUUCAUUUCCAACUCCGUCGAAGCUCAAACCGCCGCCGCCGUCUCAGUCCGGACUCUACUCUCCGGCGCCUUCUUUCCGUUCGACCCCGCGCGCUUUCUCCGAGCGGUGGCAGCUCAACCGCCAUGACCGGGUCAGACCCGGAUCCGAGUCCGCGCCCAGACCCGACUUUGGUUUCGCCGGGCUCGGGUGUUUCCCGACGCCGAAGUUUAGGCUGAGGAAGAGCAAGACCGGUGGUCUGAGAAAAACCGGGUCGAGGCUGGACAGGGACUACUUCUCAGAUAUGGAGACGAUGUCUCCGUGGACUGCUUCUAGCCGGAGAUCGGUUUCUCCGAGAUGGGACUCGCCGAAGUCGUCGUUCUCUUCGCUCCGGUUCUCGCCACGACUCGCCAGCGAAGCUGAAUGGGUCGGGUUUGGGCUCUUUUAAGCCCAUUUUAAUGAAAUGGGCCGAGAUGGGCUCUUUUAGCCAUCCGAUUCCAAGCCUGUAUCGCCCAAAUCAGUAAAUGUUUGGGCUAGAAUGUAAUGUUCUUGGUUCCUAUAUCUAAUGCCAAUAGAGUUUUUUUUUUUCUCUGUAAUA